AUGUCCAGAAAGAGAAAAGUUGAUGCAGACGGAAGACUGUUUCAAGAAAGAUGGGAAGGCGAAUACUUGUUUGUGCUUCAAGGAGAAAAACCAGUAUGUCUUUUGUGUUACGAGGCGGUGUCGGUUGUCAAAGAGUACAAUCUGCGUCGACAUUUUGACACCAAACACGGAGCUAAGUAUGCUAAAGCUAGCCUUCAAGAAAAGCAACAAAUUGCCCAAGAAUUAAAAGGCAAACUGCGGUUGCAGCAGAGUUUGUUCUCAAAAUCCACAGCCAAAAACGAGGCUGCAGUGAAAGCUAGCUUCAUUGUGGCUGAAGAAAUCGCCCACGCUUCCAAGUCUUUUUCAAAGGGAGCGUUUUUGAAGCAGUGCAUGCUGAAGGUCUGUGAGCAGGUGUGUCCCGACCAGUUACAGACUUUUAGAAAUGUCAGUUUAUCAAGAAACACCAUCGCGAACCGAGUGAAGGAACUAGCAGAAAAUCUUACAACACAGCUGACCGAGGAGACACGCAGCUACACAGCUUUUUCAUUAGCUGUUGAUGAAAGUACAGAUCACACAGACACAGCGCAGUUAUCAAUUUUUAUUAGAGGCGUAAAGUCGGACCUCUCUAUCACUGAGGAGCUGUUGGAUGUGGCUGCAAUGCAUGGGACCACGACGGGACAGGACAUUUUUGAUGCGGUGGAGAAGUCCGUAAGUAAAAAUGCAUUGCAGUGGGAAAACUUGGUGGGAUUAACUACAGACGGUGCACCGGCAAUGUGUGGAGGAAAAGUGGGCUUGGUUGGACUAAUGAAGAGGAAAAUGCAAGAAAUGAACUGUCACACGCCUCUGAUAACAUAUCAUUGCAUUAUCCAUCAAGAAGCUUUGUGUGGGAAGGUGCUGGGGAUGGAGGACAUUGUGACCACAGUCAUGAAAACAGUGAACUUCAUUCGGGCGCGGGGCCUGAACCACCGUCAGUUCCAGCAGUUUUUGCUGGAGAUGGGCUCGGAACACGGGGAUGUGCCGUACAAUACAGAAGUGCGGUGGCUGAGUAGGAGCAAAGUCCUCAAGCGAUUUUUUGAGCUCAGGGAAGACAUUGCUAUUUUUAUGCAGAGUAAAGGAAAACUCAUGUCUGAACUAUCAGAUCCAAAGUGGCUGUGUGACUUUGCUGUGCUGUGUGACAUAACCGACCAUCUCGCCCAGCUGAAUCAGAAGCUGCAGGGACGCAAACAAGUCAUCACGCAGAUGUCUGACACGAUCACGGCUUUCCAGCGUAAAUUGGACUUAUGGAUGUGGCAAGUGAAACAGGACAAUCUUGUCCACUUUCCUGUUUGUCAGAGCAUGUCAACCUCGUUUCCCGAGACUUUUUCAUGUGCUCAGUUAGCUACCAAACUGAGCUGGUUAAAGACUGAGUUUGAUUGGCGCUUCUCUGACUUCAGAGCACAACAGUCAGGCUUUGACAUCUUUGCCAAUCCUUUCACCACCGAUGUCUGCACUGCACCCCAACACCUUCAGAUGGAGCUAAUUGAGCUUCAAAGCGACAGUGGCCUGAGAACAAAGUUCCAGGAUGCUGCAAUCCAGGACUUUUACCGUCUGAUGCCCCCUGGUUUGAUGCCACAGCUUCGACUUCAUGCUGCCCGUGUUCUGUCCAUGUUUGGAAGCACCUAUUUGUGCGAACAGUUUUUUUCCAUAAUGAAUCUGAACAAAAACAAGCACAGAUCACGCCUCACGGAUGACAACCUCCAUGCUGUUCUACGCAUUGCCUCAGCACAGGACCUAAAGCCAGACAUUGACACACUGGCAACGGAAAAACGGGGGAAGAGUGCGCCCGGUCCCGAUGGCCUCAGGAAGCCCCACCUGCUGAAGUGGGACAAGGAUGGUGUGAAGCUGGCCCAUAUUUUCAAUGCCAUCUUAUAUAAUGGUAAGCUCCCCAGGCUCCUCAAGAGAAGCCGUACAACUCUGGUCCCUAAGAGCCCGGAUCUGGUGGAGCUGAGUAGAAAGGGCUUUACCAGGGGUUUGGGCUGUAGCACUAACCUGAUGCUACUCGACGGUGUGGUGCGGAGGGCGGUCCGCCACAAGGAGACCCUCGCUGUGGUGUUCAUUGAUCUGGCACGCGCGUUCGACUCAGUCUCACACCAGCACAUUCGUGAGGUGCUGGAACUGAGGAAGGUCGACGCUGGCAUCUGCGACCUGAUCAGCAACUCAUACAAGCACGCCAGCUCCAGGGUACUCACCAGCGGAGGGCUCACUCGGUCGAUUACACUAAAGGUCGGUGUGAAACAGGGUGACCCAAUGUCCCCUCUGCUCUUCAACCUCUGCCUGGACCCGCUGCUCACAUUUCUGGACCAUAGAGGCUCGGGGUUCACCCUCUCGGGCCAGAGCAUCACCGCAGUCGCCUACGCCGAUGACCUAGUCCUUCUCAGUGGGUCCUGGACAGGCAUGGCUAGGAACCUCCUGAUCCUAGAGAAGUUCCUAGAUCACACCGGCCUUGAGGUAAAAAUCAAGAAGUGUGGCGGCUUCUACUUAAGUGCCUCCAAGCAGAGCGUGGCUGUGAACGACUGCGCAGAGUGGACAAUUCGCGCUGCCCCUGUCCCAAUGGUCGACGCGACCCGGGCAUAUAAAUACCUGGGAGUCCAAGUCAACCCGAAGAGGGGGAUCCUGCCUUCCAACCCAGUGAAGGAGAUCACGCCAGAGGUGUGA